UGUUUGACUUAGUUUUUUGGAUCUUUACUGUGGAGGGAUGGCUUGGUGCUUCUGUCUGUAGUGCCAUGUUGCCUAGAAGUCUCUAUCCUUGUUUUCUCUCUCUGAUCUUUUCUGUAGAUUUAUACUGCCCAGUGUAGUAGCCCCUAGACAGAUGUGAUUAUUUGAAUUCAGAUUAAAGUUAGGUAAAAAUAAAAAAUCACAUCCUUUACUAGCCACAUUAUUUGAGUGCUCAAUAGCCUCAUGUGGGUAUUGGCUGCCAUAUUGGACAGUGCAGGCAUAGAACAUUUUCAUCAUUGCAGGGAAACUUCUGUUGGACAGCAGCAGUCUAGACUUACCAUUGAACUGUAGUUGUAGCUGUCAGGGCAUCUGACUUCUGGUUUAGAAGCUUAAGAAAAUCAGACAAUUGUUUAGAUAAUAUAAGUCAGCGAGUAAUUUAUCAGAUUAGGAACACUGAAUAGUCUUAAUUAAACUCAUGUUUUAAGAAUACAUUGGGUUCUAAAAUUCAGAGGAGCUUGCUGGAGAUACUGAUGAAAAUCUUAUUUUUGUUGGGGAUGGAGUAGAAUCGUUGCUGUGCAAGUUCUUGAACUUUUAAGAAAAUAAGAUUUAUGAAUGUUAAAAUAUUGAAUGGGUUAAUAGGAGGAACUGGGUUUUUAGCUAUUUUUUUUUUAAUAUGUAUUUUUAAACAGAAGUUCUAUAGGAAAUAAAAUGUGAAAAGAAAACUAAACCCACUUCAUCCAGAGACAAAUGCUGUUAAUAUUUUGAUGUGUUUCCUCCCAGACUUCUUUCUGUGUUUGUGUCAUGGGUGCCCAUGUGUAUAUGUGUAGGUGCAAAUUUGGGAUCAUACCACAUGAUGCAGUACUAUACUCUAUUUUUUUCACUUAACAUUAUACCAGUCUUAUGUUUUUAAACACUUUGAAAAGGCAGAUGCAAAGUAGUUCAGGCUCUGGCUCUGUCUUGGUUUAUUUAACCAUCUUCUCUGUUACAAAGACAGUUAGGUUAUUUGCUGGUUUUUUUUUUUUUAACUGCUAUAAGUAGGGACACAGAACACUUUUUCCCCUUAGCUCUGAUGGUCUGAAGAGAAUUGUAAAGGAAAAUUUGCAGUGUCCUGGUGGGUGCUCAUUAGGAUGUUUGGUGUUUCUUUUCUGUUCUCUGCUGGUUGGCAGUGGCAUGAAAUGCAUUGUUUUAUAGGAGACUAGAGAAGGGACUUUUGCUACUUGUUCUUUUGGGACUGAUGCUGGAGAAAAAUCUGAGAACAACAGCACUGGCUAACUGUUUUAUUGUUUCCUUUUAGUUCUUGAAAUCAUGAAUCCUGUUUAUAGCCCUGGAUCUUCUGGGGUUCCCUAUGCAAAUGCCAAAGGAAUUGGUUAUCCAGAUGAAAUAAGAGAGGAAUAGAGAAGUUAUAGCUUCUCACAACUAGUUAAUGACAGUAGUUAAGACUAGUGAGCCUGGGUCAUCAUUGGCUCUGUGUCCUGGAUAUGGAUAAAGCCCCUGAUUGUCCGCAUGAGUGACAUGUCCUAAAUUGUGAACCAGAGCAGUCCAGGCAGAAGCUGGUUUCCCCAUGGGCUAUGCAGCAGCUCCUGCCUAUUCUCCUAACAUGUACCCUGGAGCAAAUCCUACCUUCCAAACAGGUUACACUCCUGGCACACCUUACAAAGUGUCCUGUUCACCCACCAGCGGGACAGUGCCACCAUACUCCUCCUCCCCCAACCCUUACCAGACUGCCGUGUACCCUGUGCGAAGUGCCUACCCCCAGCAGAGCCCAUAUGCACAGCAAGGCACGUACUACACACAGCCCCUGUAUGCAGCCCCCCCUCAUGUCAUCCACCACACCACGGUGGUGCAGCCCAACGGCAUGCCGGCGACAGUGUACCCUGCACCCAUCCCCCCUCCCAGAGGCAAUGGAGUUACCAUGGGUAUGGUGGCUGGGACCACUAUGGCCAUGUCAGCAGGGACCCUACUGACAGCUCACUCCCCAACUCCUGUUGCCCCCCACCCGGUCACUGUGCCAACGUACCGGGCCCCAGGAACACCCACCUACAGCUACGUGCCCCCUCAGUGGUGAUCACCCUGCAAAUGUAAGUGACUUACAAAGGCCCGGUUGGCUCUUUACUAAAGUGCAUCUCUUCAGGGGAGGAUGCCAAACAUCCCGUAUUUAGCGUACCAGGUAGAGUACUGUUAACCUAACCGUUGAUCCAAGCACAGUGCAGUUUUUAAACUUCUAUUCUUACUGGAGCUCAAAGAAAUAAGAAGAAAGAGGAGAAACCAUUGUGUACUUAACUGUGUUCUCAAUCUGCUUUGUUCCUUAUCUCUUUCCUCUGAUUCACACACCUACCUUCUGCGGCCCUGUGACCCAUCAUAACCAGCCUCUGAGGUGUGUGUGAAUGGCUAGGGACCUGGUGGGAGGAUCUGUGAUGCACGGGAACCUUCCUAUACUGUGACCUUUCUUUCCCUGCUGUGAUGGCUCUGUGAGAGGAUUUUGCCUUUCCUAGUCCUAGUGGAUUUCAUCCUCUUUCCUUUAAGACUAAUUUCAGACUUCACCUUCUGAGCAGUGGUGCCAGAGAGCUCUGUUUGACUGUGUGUCUUUCUCUCCCGCCAGGUUUGGAUGGAGCUGUGCAGUCACAUCAUUGAGGUUCCACAGCUGGUGCUGCAGGCCUCGUGCCUCCAACCAGGACUCUCUUCUUAAUACUCUCGACACUUAGCUAAACAUGACGACAUUCUGGCCCAGCAGGUCCCAGCACUGGUAGUCUUCAGCUAACUCUCUGGGUUGGUUUUAAAGCAAAUCCUGUUUUGUGGACUGCGUGGCAAUUUUUUUAGCUAACUAUAAUGAUAAAAAGGGAGUAUUAAUCUAUUCUGAACCAUAUCUAGUUGAAUGCAUGUUUUAAAAAAACCACAAAAACAAAAAAAGCUUGCUCAAUCUACCUGCAGUGACUGAUGCAAAAUCAUCAUAUGCAAAAUCCAAAGGAAUGGAAAAGUAUUUUACAACUUGUAUCACUAAUGCACUGUUGUAAUGUAUGCAAAGUCUUAAAAGUUUUAAGUGUAAAAGUGAAUUUCUCCAUAGAGCAUCUAAAAUACCCUAGAUGAUUCUUCAACCUUUUGGGGUUGAUGUGGGUUGCCAGUUAGGAACAUAGACUUUAGUUUUCAGUGAUCUUUUUCUUUCACAUUGACUGCACUGGGGGAGUAAGUCACAGGGUGGGGAGAGUCGGGAGGCUGCAGCUGCCUGGGGUGCGACACGCCAGAUUCACAGGCCCCCUUCCUUCCCAUCUCUUUCCGUGUAGGCGUGGUGGGGUCAGUGUGGCGUGGACAUUCUUAAAGAUCAUCACCAAAUAGAGCUGUGUGACCAGUACAUUAGGGGCAGAGUAGUGAUUUAAGUAUCAGCAAAGUAACUUUCUCUGCUAUCUAAAUUUUCAUUACAAAUCUCUUACAAAUUAGAGAUGAUGUUUUCUUUAUCUGUAGUGGAAAAGUCCUGCUUAGAACUAAAUUAUUUUCCUGAUGGGAAGACAUGUAAAAGAGGAACAGUCACACUUGGAGGAGGCAUUGGCCUCUGCUUUAUUUAGCUUAGAAAAUCAUUCCAUUUUUUUUCCUGAGAAAGCCCUGAGUCAGCUGAAGAACAUGUAGGCAUUGCUGUUCCUCCCUUCGCACACACACAGAAAGGGGUAAAGAUUUGUGUGUUACGAAGAAAGUUGUAUAUUUAAGAAUUAUUAAAAGGGAACAAACCUAUUUAAAAUUCCUCAUGUUUCUUGUAGAGUAGGGUAUGCAUACAUUGUAUCAGGGCCGUGGAUGUGUCUGAAAAUGUAGAAAUCUGUAGUUUCUCCUAGGGUUGUCCCCCCUGGUGAUGUGUUCUCUGAGACUGGCUGGAGGGGACUGUGGGAGUGAAGGGGUGGUAUCUGUGGUCUAUGAGCUUCUUCUGCUGUCUCUUCUUGCAACUGAGGACAUUUAGCACAAAACAAGGUUGGACCGCAAGAAGGGCCGGCCAGCCAGCCAGCCAGCAUCGGAAUGCAUUUAUGCCGGCCACGAUUAUCAGGAAAGGAUUUUGAUCUAAAAUCAGAGUAUUGCACAUAAGAAAUCAGGAGGAUUUUUUUUUUUUUUCUUUCUAAAUACGCCCAGCUUAAAAUGAUGGGAAUGCUUUUCUGUGUUCUCAGAUAUAGUCGGAGGGUGGUAAUGGAAAUUGUGUUCCCUUCUAGUGGUCUGUUGGGCUGUGGGGCAGGCACCUUGUUUACACCCUGAUGGUGGUUUUGAGUGCUGUAUUUGGGGGAGGGGAUUCUGCUCUCAUUGUCUCUGGCAGCUAGGUCACGAGCUCUGAUGCUGGUUGCGAGGGUCCCCCCACUGGUGGGCAGCCCUAGUCGGUGGGCGGGACAGCUGACCACUGAACCUUUGGUGACCUUAGUUUUUAUAGGAAGUAGUCUUCAUAAUUGUUUUUCACAUUUUAUUUUAUAAAAGUUUAGGAAUAUUUUUGCAGGGAUCAUUGUAAACAAAAUUUCUUAUUCCUGAUGUCUAUUAGCGUAGUGUUUACUGCUAAGUACUUUAAAUUGCUUUAUGAGCACUUAACCCACCUUACUGUGUGUGGCGCGUGCGUGUAGCAUACAUCUACCCCAGGUACACAGUUUGAAUCUGUUCAUUUUUUUCAAGUCUGUGUUGAUAAUUCCUUUGUGUAAUUAAUGGGUUUGCAAUAUUAACAGGUUCUAAGGGUCCCAGGGGCUGACCAGACUGAUUGAUGGAGAAGUCAGUUUUCCCAGUUUAGGGAUAAUAGAUUAGGAGAAAAUAUUUCUGAUUUUAGUAUGUGUUUAAACAAAAGCCCCAAACAAAAAUCAGAAAAGUACACACACAUGACUUUCUGAAAGAGGUGGAGUCAUUUGAAUUCAGGAUGGGGUUAUAAGAAGUUAUCUAGGAUGUCUCUUCAGACUUGCUUGGAUGUUGGCACACACGGGGUGAAUGUUUUCACGAGCGCUGAAUUAAACUGUUCAAGAGAAAGAUGAGUGGGUUGCAUUUUUUUCUUCAUUUAUAUCAGUUUAAUAAACACUUCUCUUCCCACUUAAAAUUUUUAAUCUUUUUUCCCUUUUGUGAAGUCGAGUUGGGAGGCUGUUUAUCAGACACUUUUGCAUUAUGGAAUGCAUCCAUGAAGAAAUCCUUUCAGUUUUGAAAUUAUCGGCAUCAGCUAUCAAUAAAUAUCUUAUGAUGAUAAAAGGUAGAGCUUGUCUGUCAGGUAAGGAUCUAGACGUAUGCAUAGUAACAAAACUAUCACAGACUGUAAUUUCAGCAGCAUUUAGCUCUAGUACAGUUAAUUAAGGAACACGACUUUGGUCAAACUUCUGUUAAAAAGUUGGAUAAUUUGCGAUCCUAAGCACCGUAGUGGGAUAUUCUGGGAAAUUUUGCUUUUUUGUAUCUGACAUUCCUGAUUUGAGAGUCCUUCGGCUGAAUUGUGACUCUUUUAGGAGGUAAAGCAGGUAAACAAAAGGCCUGACUUCUGUAGACGUGGACAGUGUCAUGGAUAUUUUAAACAAUCUUGUUGUACAACUUCUAACCCAAGGUCUGUGAGUGUGUUACAUCAGAUAUGUAGAUGUUGCUGUUUCUCUGUUAAUGAAAAUCUUGUUUGGAUCUGGACUGAGUUGUGUGUUCAGCAGAUGGGCUUGCUGCCUCCGAGAAGGGAGGCCAGCAUUGGCUGGGCCGUUCCUGGAGCAGCCAGGUCAUCAGUAUGGAGGCACUUCAGAACCUUUUGUGUCUGUAGUGUUGGUACGGUCAUUAGGCCCACCAGUUGCUAUUGUGUGACGCUGUUUAUUGAGUGCUAUGCAAAUGUAGUAUUUACAGGACAUGAGAGAGCCUUCCCUCCCCAAGCUAGGCACACGGCGCCUUGCUUCACCUGGCUGUAAUAAAUGAGGUCUGGGAGGUAAUUUGCAUGUGUCUUUUGGGGACACUUCAGUAAUGAGGGGAAAUACAUUCUUAAAAUAAUUUGAAAUGUACUAAUACCUGGUGGUAUUGCUCACACAUGGUUUCUCUGAGGGUGCCGGCGGGAAGGUGGCGUACACCAGCUAUGUAAAUACUAAGGUCUGCUCUAAAUGGGAUGUCCAGACUUCUUUACCUGCCCAUUUUAAACAUUUGAACACAGUAUUAAUCUGACCAUUUGAGCCACCUUCUCCUCAUCCGGCAGCUAAUGGAUGGACACGUUAUCAUUGCCCAGGCGUGGCCUAAACAGGACAGCACACCUUGUCUGACGUUCUAGUAGAUGCAAGGGUAGGUUUCAGGGAGUGCAGCAUCACCAGCUUCUGGGAGCAUGAGGUGAGGGCAGCUUCUGGUUCUCUCUGGUGCUUUCUGAGGGGGAGGGAGUCUCUAAAGAGGAAUGCAGUGGGGCUUAAGGGAGGGGGCAGAGUGCUUAGCUCUCCUCUCCAGCACAUCUCAGAUUUUUUUGUGUGUGAGUGUGUUUUCUCCUGAACUGUUUAUUAUUCAACCUAAGCUUUCUGAAGGUGCAGUGUACUCUUGAAUAUACUGCAGAUAACUCUCUGAGGGGAGGGCAUGAUCAUUUCAGGUAGAAAACUGUGAUGUUGAUCUUAGAUAUACCUGUUGGGAGGAUUUGUCCCUUUCUCCCACCUUCACUUCAUUUGAGGAACAGAAAACCUGUGGGGAUAAACCUUACUUUUGAUCUACAGGACUAAAGGUUAGUCAGGAUUCCCUGUCCACUUGGGACAGGGAGACAAGAGGGAGAGGCAAAAGAAACGUUUAUGGGCAUCUCUGACUAGGGAGCCCAAGAGGAGCUUCAGGAGACAGCGUAUGCUCCUGGCUGCCUGCCUGCACGGCACUGGGGCACUGGAGGUGACAGGUGUCAGUCAGUCUUGGCCUUCAGGAGCUGAGAUGAAAUCCUCUUGCAUGGUGGUGGCGCCCAGCGGGCCACUGGCCCCCUCAGAGCUCUUCCUGUGGCUCCUUGUGCAGACUAGUCCUCAAGAAUGCUUGGGGCCAGAUCAUGGAGAGUAGUUGUCCUGCACUCCUGGAAGGGUUCUGUGACAGCUCCUUGGAGGAGAGGUCCCAAGGAGCCAUAUGGGUUGUGAUUAAAUAGGAAAUGUUUUUUUUUUUUUUUUUUUAAUGACUUAAAUACUGUUUCCUAGACCAUUCUAUUGGUACUUUUUUUAUGCUUAAGCAGCAUUGUCUUCCAGUGUUAAAGGCAUCCCUCACCUCUGAUUGAACUUACUGUGUUAAUACAAAGGAAUGGAUAAAUCCAUCCUGAGCCAGUUCAAUUAUGUGUAAAUUCUUACUAUUUUAAUUUUUUAUGCAAUCUGAUGAGUAGAUGAGCUCAGAUUUAAAAUUCUUAAAAGCACGUUUAUUGUAACAAGAAUUGUUAUGUAUUAAUACUGCAGUUUUCAAUAAAGAUUGACUUGUGUUGCA